GCAGGUCUCCUGGAUGCAGGAGGGGGAGGGGGACAGGGAGGGGGACGGGGAGGGGGACGGGGAGGGCCCGUGACGUCGUCCUCCCCGUCCGUCACGAUGGCACAGCUGAUGCCUGGCCCCGCCCCCCCGCGGGAGGAGGAUGCUGCCGCCGCCGCCGCUCUUAGCAACAGUCAGCCCCGGUGCUCGGAGCCCGCACCUCCUCAGCCCCUUAUGGACCUGCCCAUCGAAGAACAGAGGCUGAGGCACUACACCCGCAGCAGGCCCCGACCCAACCGCAAGAACAGGCAGCCUCCCAGCAAGCCGCAGGAGUCGGCUGCUGAGAGCCAGAAUGAGGAAAACGAGGCCAUGGGCAGAGUGGACGAAGGUGUAGAGGAGUUCUUCACCAAGAAGAUCCUCCCUGACAAUCCCCUAAAAACCCAGAGGGUGGAGCCCUUGGUGAAAGCCCAGCCCGCUGAGCCUGCCAGUGCCACGCCCCCUACUGGUCCCUCAAGGAACAUCAAGAAGAGGUUUGGGGAUUUCUUUGCCUUCAAGAGGGUUCGUGGGGGUCGGGGACCCAAGGGUGAGGGGGCACAGGAGGGCAAGAUCAAGAAGACAUCCAUAGCAGACCUGAUCCGGCCACUGAGGGAGGCUGCGCGGGCAGAGAAGGAGAGGGAAAAAGAGAGGGAGCGGGAGAAGGAGCGAGAGAGGGAGCGAGAGAGGGAGAAGGUGGAGGAGGAGAGCGCCAUCAAGGGGACUGUAGUGCUACCCGUGGCAGCAGCCCCUGAGGUGGACAACGAGGCCUCCGCCGCCGUCUCACCCGCCCCCGCUCUCGUCCCGGCCGUCAUCGCCGUCCCGCUGCCUACCAUCGAACGCGAGAAGAGCCGAACCUUGGAGAAAAGCCGCACGCCAGAUGGAGAGAGGAAGCUAAAGCCCACCCGGCGCUCCCUGAGGGAGGGCAAGUCCCAGUCCCUCAUCCUGCUGACCGGACUCGACCCAGAAGACGGAGGAGCCGCCUCGCACGCCAAGAAACACUCCUCUGAGGGACCCCCCAGCUUCGAACAGCGCGUCCAAAUCAUGCUGCACCGCAUGGGUGUCACCAAGACGCUGCCCCCCGACCCCAAGAAGAGCCAGCAAAACAAGGAAGGGGAGCUGAGGAAGGCUGACUCGGAAGGGACCAUCAUCGACAGUAAGCCCGAACCCCCUCCCACAUAUACGAAGCCCCGCACCAUGUCCACUUCUUCAGACAUGAGGCGGCCCAUGCGACCCGGCAUGACUGCCCUGGAGUCGCUCAGAGCUGUUGAGUCAGCUGAGAGGCCACCUCUCCCAGAGCGCCCCAGCCCCCUGCCGGCAAAACCCAUCAUCAAACCACCACUCCCAGUUCACGAAUCCCCCGCAGCCCUCAGGACACCCCCACGGACCCCUACCCAUCCUAGCCCCUCCCGGGAGGGCCUCCAUGUAGAGCCAGAGGCCACUCAGCCCCAGGAAUCUGUCAGCCCCCACAAGGAGACCCCAAGCCCUCGCAGAGAGACCCCCCCAGCCCCAUCGCCACGCCGAAUGGUGGUUCCAGGAGAGGUCCGAGAUCGAGCAGAGAGAACACAGUCAGUCACUGAAGACAUCCUCCCAAAACCCCGGCCCCGCACCAAGCCCCUGCCCCAUCGCCGUGCCAUGUCCGUCCACGAGGAAUCGCUCCGUGAGCAUGCAGCCCUUCUUGACCCUGAAGAGCUGAAGGCCGCAUUGCCGCGGCUACAGAGGUCACCGGUGCGGAAGCGGGCCAACCUCGGGGAGCUGCCCCCUUGCAGCGAGGACCCGCCCGAUGGAGAGGAGGCCGCAGAGGCAACCAGCGACAGGAACAGGCGCAGCAGGGAAGCGGUCGACGCGGAGAGGAGGGCAGAGCACAGCCCUGUGGGGGGCGAGUCAGGAGAACCCAUGGAGGCAGGGGGCGAAAUGGUCACACAGCAGCACAUUCCGCAGGGAGAACCAUCAGACCAAAGAACUGAACUCCCCCUCCUCCUCAAGGACAUGAACUGACCAUAUACAGAGUCUAUUUUCUACCAUGUCCCUUUGCAUUGCACGCCAGACUAUGUACGAAAAAGAAAAUGAACAAAACUUAAAAAAAGAGAGGAAGACAAUGCCUAUACUUGUUAAAUAUUAUUAAAAAUUUCAUUCAGAUGUCUUAUCAGGGUCUACGUCUGCACUGGUGGUUCUGUCGUUGGUUCGAUUGUGGAGAGAUGUUUCUCCAGUUCUGUUUAUGUCAGGCAGCUUUGGACUGUUUUAAGUACGUAUCUGUUUACUUGCCUGAACCCUGUUCUGUCUCUGAAUAACAAAAGCACAGCUCCCAAUCCCCAUCUGUCCCAGCAGUGGUAACGGGGUACCACUUAGACAGGAACCUGCAAGAGAUUGGAACCAGAUGCAGCAGGGAGCAAGUGACAAUACUGGUGACACAGUACGGACGGCCUCUCUCACAAGGACAAGCCCUGUAACACGAGACCGAGCUGCUGUUAACGGACCCUUCCCAUAAGAGCGCCUGAAUGGUGUCAGAUCGGACAAGGGUGAGGGAAGCAGCCCCAAAAGAACAAGGGUCCAUCAGCAGCGGAGCAGACGGCACAAGAAAGAGUGGACGUAGUCACACAGCCACAGGACCACCGCCAUUUACACACCUUAUGGGAACCUGGUCUCCUAUGCUUUUCCCAGCCUGGCAAACACUACAAUUCGCAUUUGCCUUCUUGGGCUUCUAGAGAUCCAGCUGAAAGUCGAGGAGGGCGUGCACGAUGACGUUGUGCCGGCAGAGAGGACAUUAAGACUGCCAGCGUAUUGUGGACUGCAGUCUGAGGUCUGACUGUGUCAUGACUUUGUUCAUGGAAAUGACUCAACACGGGCUAUACUACGCUCAUAGUGUACAAGUGAAACACUGCAGCCCACACAGACUCCCGCAGCGUUCUACAACAGCACAUUUACACGCAGAAAAAAACUGCUGGACUUCUAACUACAUACAUUCCCAGCUUGUAUUUCAAUUCCACAUGAAAGAAGAGAACAAAAACGCCAUACUUCUAUUCAUGCCAAUACUGGUGUAAAGAAUACUAAGACAAUAUGAGGUGGCCUAGGCUGGGAACUUGCCCCCUUCCUUGUCUCCGAUGAUUGCUUGCCUGGUGUUCUCAGAAGGGGUUGCGUGAAGCAGAUAGCGCACUGCCCACUUCACAACAUCAUCAGGAAUCCUACAGGAGAACAAACAGACCUGGAUAUCAGUACAUCUCUGUGACACACAGUUUAUAACAGGCACAAAGAAGCCUUUGCACAUAACUAAAUAAAGACAUACAGUUUGAGCACCCUGAAAUACUGAAAAAUCC